AUGGUAAAGGAAGAAAAGGAAAGGCUUCAAAGAGUGAACGAUCAACCUGAGCUUGAUAGAAAACAAAAACUAGCUUCUGAAUUAGGUACAAGUUCAAAACGUGCAGACCAAAGGCAAUUACAAUCUAAACUACUUACAUCGUUCACCGAUGAAUAUCAUGGAAGAUUCCGAAGUUUAUGCAGAAGAUGCAAAAUGCAUAUGGCGCCCACUAGUGCCGAAAAUGAUCCAGUAAGAGAGCAACUUCUCAAAUUCUCGUUGAAUUUUAAUGAUACAGUUAAAAAGUACUAUGAUAAUCCGGACAACCUUUAUGAGAUUAUAUACUCCGAUACGUCUGAAGAGACGCGUGCUAUUGAGCGUAAACCACACAAACGUUCUACUUUAAUAAACGCUAACCUUAAUAUUCAUAAAUAG